UCUCGCGAGAAGUCGCGCGGGACGAGCGGGCUGAGGCGGAAGCGCUGCACUCCCGCCAUUGUCGCCUCCCUUCGGCCUCUGCCGCUCCAACCGGGAGCGGCACCGGUAACGGGAGCGAGCCCGGCCCCGCCAUGGAGGCGGCCGCGGCGAAGCGGAAGGAGCCGCGCAAGGCGCUGCGGGUUAAAGUCAUCUCCAUGGGCAACGCCGAGGUGGGCAAGAGCUGCAUCAUCAAGCGGUACUGCGAGAAGAGGUUCGUGUCCAAGUACCUGGCGACCAUCGGGAUCGACUACGGGGUCACCAAGGUGCAGAUCCGGGAUCGGGAGAUCAAGGUGAACAUCUUCGACAUGGCCGGACACCCCUUCUUCUACGAGGUGCGUAACGAGUUCUACAAGGACACGCAGGGCGUGCUGCUGGUGUACGACGUGGGAUCCAAGGAAUCCUUCGACUCCCUGGAUUCAUGGCUGGCUGAGAUGAAGCAGGAGCUGGGGCCCCACGGGAACAUGGACAACGUCGUCUUCGUCGUCUGCGCCAACAAGGUGGACGCGGGGAAGCUGCGCGUGGUGGACGAGAGCGAGGGGCGGCUCUGGGCCGAGAGCCGCGGGUUCCUCUACUGGGAGACCUCGGCCCAGAGCGGGGAGGGCAUCCAGGAGAUGUUCCAGACGUUCUACUCGGCGCUGCUGGAGCUGUGCGAGAACGGCGGGCGGCGGCCGGGGCCGGGCGCGGGGCUCGGCUUCACACGGGAGCAGGCGGAUGCGAUCCGGCGGAUCCGCGCCACCAAGGACAGCUGGGACAUGCUGGGACUCAAACCGGGAGCCUCCAGGGAGGAGGUGAACCGGGCGUACCGCCGCCUGGCCGUGCUGCUGCACCCUGACAAGUGCCUGGCGCCGGGCAGCGAGGACGCCUUCAAGGCGCUGGGCAACGCCCGCGCCGCGCUGCUCAAGAACAUCAAAUAGAGACGGAAUCCGCAGAAUUCCCAGGGAAAAAAUUCCCAGAGGAAAAAUCCCGCGGUUCCCAGGAGAAAUCCCGGGAUUUCCGCGCCCUCCCUGGCGGGAUUCUCCGUUCUGCUCCUCCUCCGGAUGCUCCCGUGGGAUCGAGGCUGGAUUGGGAGGGGGAGGGAAGAGCGGAGCUGCAGAAUUCCUGGUUUCUUUGGGGAUUAUCCCAGUUUUUCCAGGGGUUCCUCCCUGUUUUCCACAGGUUAUUCCCAUUUUUCCAGCACUUAUUCCCAUUUUUCUGUCUCUUUUUCCCAUUUCUCUGAGGGUUAUUCCCAGUUUUCCGAGGGUUGUUCCCAUUUCUCCAUGGGUCAUUCCCAUUUUUUCUGGAGGUUUUUCCCUGUUUUCUGUGGGUUAAUCCUGGUUUUCUGAGGGUUAUUCCCAUUUUUCCAGAUGUUUUUCCCAGAUUUCCAAGGGUUAUUCCCAUUUUUCUGGGGGCUAUUCCUGGUUUUCUGUGGCUUAUUCCUUGUUUUCCAGGGGUUGUUCCCAGUUUUCCAAAGGUUAUUCCCAUUUUUCUGGGGGUUUUUCCCAUUUUUCUGUCGGUUAUUCCUGGUUUUUUAGGGGUUGUUCCCAAUUUUCCUGGGGGUUCUUCUCACUUUUCCAUGGGUUAUUCCCGUUUUUCUGAGGGUUAUUCCCAUUUUUCUGGGGUUUUUCCCUGUUUUCCAAGGGUUAUUCCCAUUUUUCCAGGGCCUAUUCCUGGUUUUCCAGGUGUUAUUUACAUUUUUUCCAGGAGUCAUUUCCAGUUUUCCAGGAAUUCUUCCCUUUUCUGGAAUUAUCCCCUGAGAUGUGGGAAUUUGGAGAUUCCCAGAGAAAAUUCCCAGAUUUUCCUGGAGAUGCUGGAAUGGAUUUGGAUCCUCUGGAAUUCUGGGAAAAACGUCAGAAUUCCAGGAAAAAACUUUGGAAUUCUGGGAAAAGUUCUAGAAUUCUGGGGAAAAGCUUUGGAAUUCUGGGAAAAACUUUUUGGAAUUCUAGGAAAAACUCUGGAAUUCUGGGGAAAACUUUCAGAAUUCUGGGAAAAAUGUUGGAAUUUUGGGAAAAAACUUGGAAUUCUGGAAAAAAACUUUGGAAUUCUGGGGAAAAGCUUUGGAAUUUUGGGAAAAGCUUUGGAAUUCCAGGAAAAACUUUUUGGAAUUAUGGGGAAAUCUCUCGAAUUCUGGGAAAAAACUUCGGAAUUCUGGGGGAAAAAAAUUGGAAUUCUGAGAAAGACUUUGGAAUUUUGGAAAGAGCUUUGGACUUCUGGGAAAAACUCUAGAAUUCUGGGGAAAAUGUUGGAAUUUUGGGAAAAAUUUGGAAUUCUGGGAAAAAACUGUGGAAUUCUGGGAAAAAACUCUGGAGUUCUGGGAAAGAUUUUAGAAUUCUGGGAAAAACUCUGACACUAUUUAUUUAUGGAUAUUUAUGGAUUUUUCCUGGAAUUUUCUGGAUUUUUUUCUGGAAUUUUCUCCCUUCUCCC